AUGGAUUACGAUGAGGAAGUUCGGCGACGAAAAGAGUAUGCUGAUCGAAAAGUGCGUGAAAGGCACGAGAAAAUGAAGAGAGAGAUGGAGGAAAAGAGGAAGGGUAUAAAGGAGCAUCGAGAUAGGUAAGAGACGCAGAGGGAUAUUGGCAGCGCCUAUGGUUUAUUUGAAAAGAGCGCAGAGAAAUAUAAGCAGCGCCUAAAAUUGAAAAGUGGGCGCUGCUUAUUUUUCUCUGCACUCUCUCAAAAUAAUACAUAGGCGCUGCUUGUUUUCAAAAGUGGGCGGAGCAUUUAAAAAAUAAGCAGCGCCUAUGUAUUAAAUCGAGAGAGCGCAGAGAAAAAUGAGAAGCGCCUAAAUUUCUUCAAUAAGAAGUGGGCGCUGCUUAUUUUUCUCUGCACUCUCUCAAAAGAAUGCAUAGGCGCUGCUAAUUUUUCAUCAUAAGCAGCGCCUAAUUCAAAGAGAGUGCAGAGAAUGAGACGAAAAUUCCAGUUCAACGCAUUUUUCUCCCGUUUUUUACCGGAAAUUCAAUUUUUCUCUUUUUCUCUCUUUCCUCCCAAAAAUUUCUCCAUUUUUUCUCAAAUUCAAAUCUGCUUAGAACACAACAACAAAGAACUUUUUUGGGCCUUCUUAUCAGCAAAAAAUAUUUACUAUUUUCUAAAUUUUUUGCUGGGGGAAAAGGACACAUUUGUACAUAUUUUGAAUAGAAUAGAAACAGAUGUUUUGUAGUUCUUUUUGACACGUUUUGGGGAGAAAAAUCCACAUUUCUGGCCUAUAUUACCCCAAAAAUCUCUAUUCCAAAUAUAUAAUAUUUUUAUUGCAGAGUUCAAUCGCAACUUCGCCGCGAACAAGAGUUGAUUCAAAAAAGGAUGCAACAAUUAAACGAAGAUGAGGAGCGAAAAAAAGCAACGUUGGCAAAACAACACACAGAAACAUCGAGAACUGCGAAUUUGUCGAAAAGCCCGAAACAAGCUGGAUUUGGGUUCGGAUCAGCGACACCGAGAACUUUGACCUAUUUGGAUAAUUUGCCGAAAUCUGAGCAAUUGUACGAUAAAAGAUUGAAGCCAAGAGGUGGACCAAUUGAAAGUGGAUUGACGGUAGGAUUUUUGAUUUUAUUGGAAAAUUGUUGAGAUUUUGGAUUUUUUGUAGGAAUCUAGCAUAGAUAUACGAAGAGUUCAGGUAAAAUAGUGCAUACUAACUUUUUUAAUCAAUGAAAAAUGCAUGAAAAUAGGAUGUAACAAGCAGCGCCUAAAAGUGGGCGCUGCUUAUUCUUAUCUGCACUCUCUCAAAAUAAUGCAUAGGCGCUGCUAAGCUCCGCCCACUUUUUUCGAAAAUAAGCAGCGCCUAUGCAUUAUUUUGAGAGAGCGCAGAGAAAAAUAAGCAGCGCCCACUUUUUAAUUGAAGAAAUUUUAGGCGCUGCUUAUUUUUCUCUGCGCUCUCUCAAAAUAAUGCAUAGGCGCUGCUUAUUUUCAAAAAAGUGGGCGGAGCUUAGCAGCGCCUUUUAUUGAAAAAAGUGGGCGCUGCUUAUUUUUCUCUGCGCUCUCUCAAAAUAAUGCAUAGGCGCUGCUAAGCUCCGCCCACUUUUUUCGAGAAUAAGCAGCGCCUAUGCACUAUUUUGAGAGAGCGCAGAGAAACUUACGUUUUUUUCAAAAAUCAAAAUUCAAAAAAGCCUAUUCUGCAGAUGGCGCUAACUACAGUAACCCAGAUAAUCUACAGUAACCCUCUCUGCCCUUCUUUUUCCUUCCUUCAAAAAAUCGAUAAUUUUCCAGACGCCUCAAUCUCGCUCAGGCCGAAAUUCGGGCUCAGGUCUUGGCCCAUCGCCAAAUGCUCGUCCACCACCAGCCGCCCGUCGCCCGCCACCAGCAAUGAAUGCUAUGACGUCAUCAAUGUAUGUGGCACCGACCGGAAGACAAUUGACACGCGGUGCACCGCCUUUGCUAACAAAUGUUCCGCCACGUCCCGCAAUUCGCCACACACCGCCACGUCAACAGAAUUCGGCUAACUUGAUGACACAAUCUGUGUAUACACCACCAACAAGUCGUGUACGGAGUACUGUAGUUGCACCAAUUCCACGUGGCGCGAGAAAAAUUGUGGCCAAAGAAACUGUGACACAAGCUGUGAAGGUGAAAAAGACUGUUGUGGAAGUGGCAGCGAAGAAGAAGCCGGCUGAAAAACCGCUGGAAAUCCACGUGGAAAAAUCGGAGAGUCCAGAAGUCCACGAGGUUGCUGAAAAAGUUCAAGAAUCUUCUCCAGCAGCUCCAGAAAAAGCUUUAGAAGCUUCUGAAAUUCAAGAACAUGCUGAAAAUUUGGUUGAAAUUGCAUAUGAGACUCCAGAAGUUCACGAGGUUGCUGAAAAAGUUCAAGAAUCUUCUCCAGCUCCAGAACAAGUUCAAGAAGUCGCUGAAAAAGUUCAAGAAUCUUCUCCAGCUUCAGAAAAAGCUUUAGAAGCCUCUGAAAUUCAAGAAGUUGCUGAAAAUUUGGUUGAAAUUGCAUAUGAGACUCCAGAAGUUGCUGCAGCUCCAGAACAAGUUCAAGAAGUCGCUGAAAAUGUUACUCCAGCUGCGCAGGAAGCUGAAAAAUUGCUGGAAGCUCCAGAAGCUCAAGAAUCUUCUCCAGUUGCUGAAAAUGUUCAUGAAGAUGGUGUGAAUGCUGAAAAAUCUCCAGAAGUCGCUGCUAAAGCUGAGGAAGCUUCACAAGUUUCAGUUGUAGAAGAAGUUGAGGAGAUUGCUGAAAAUGUUGAAGAAGUUGCUCUAACUCCUGAACCCGCUGCCAGCAGAACUCUAGAAUCUUCUCCAGCUCCAGAAGAAUCGCCAGUUCCAACUCCUCGAACUAUUAUUGAUUGUCCAGCUGCUGAAGAUUUCGAAGAAACGCUGAAAGCGUCAGAAGAUGCUGAAGCAACUAUCAAAGCUUCAGAAUUCGCUGAAGUUGCAGAAUCCGCUGCAAGAGCUCAAGAAUCUUCACCAGCUCCACAAGAUCCAGAAGCUUAUGAGCUUAAUUAUCAAUCUCAAUCCCCAGCUGAAAUUUCGGAACAAUCGACGAUGAAAAUCGAUGAAAAUGAUACAUUUUCGAGCGGAAAUUUGAGCUCCGAAUUGGUCGAUGUUUUUGGAAAUGAUUAUAUUGGAGAACACGGAAAUCGACCGAAUUUUGAAUUGGAAACUGAAGAAGAUGAGGAGGAGGAAACUGAUUCCGGAAAAGCAUCGCCUUCAGAAGAGGAUUCGGGAGCGGGAAGUGAGAAUGAGGAAGAGCGAGAGAAGACACCCAGACAACAAGAUGUUAGAGAGCAAGAGGAGGAGGUGAGUGCGUAGUUUUCUCUGCGCUCUCUUCAAAUAAUGCAUAGGCGCUGCUUAUUUUCGAAAAAGUGGGCGGAGCUUAGCAGCGCCUAUGCAUUAUUUUGAGAGAGCGCAGAGAAAAAUAAGCAGCGCCCACUUUUUAAUUGAAGAAUUUCUUCAAUGAAAAAGUGGGCGCUGCUUAUUUUCUCUGCGCUCUCUCGAAAUAAUGCAUAGGCGCUGCUAAGCUCCGCCCACUUUUUGAAAAUAAGCAGCGCCUAUGUAUUAUUUUGAGAGAGCGCAGAGAAAAAUAAGCAGCGCCCACUUUUUGAUUGAAGAAAUUUUGGGCGCUGCUUUUAACUACAGUAUUUUUGGCGCCUAAAAAUACAGUAAUCCAAAUUUGUCAGUCAAAUCUUGAAGAUAAAAAAGAAAAAUCACCUAAUUUUGAUGAAAAUUUCUGAAAAUAUCUUUUUUUUACCAAAAAAUCAUGAUUUUCCUGAAAUUUUCUAUGUUUUUUGAGAACUUUUACUGGAAAAUAACUGUUUUGCCUGAAAAACUAAAUAUUUUAAGAUUUUUAAAGCCCAGUUGGAUUUAGGACCAUUUUAGGCCUAUAUUUUCCCCUCACAAACCUCUGAAAUCUCAAUUUUCUUUUCCCAGAUUCCAACAAUCAUUCCUUUGGUCAAAAAAGUUCAAACAAAAUCGAGCGAAGAUUUGGCAAAAGAACAAAAAGAGGCGGACGAUCGAAAACGACGAUUGGAGGCGAUUUUGGCGAAAUCGCGAGGAAUGGCAAUGCCAACUGCUGCACAAUUGCCUGGAGCAGUUAGUGAGUGCAUUUUUUUGGAUUAUUUUGAGCUGAAAAUUUGGAUUCUAGAGCCUAAAUAUUUAAUAGUUUACUUUUUAGCCAGAAAAUUGAAUUUCGCUCUGAAAAAUCAGGAUUUUGAGAGGGAUUUUGACCAUUUUCUUGAGUAUUUUUAUCUAGAAAAACCUUUUUUCGACAUUUUUUCACGCUCAAAAAAAAUUACACAGUAUUUUGGUUGUAGUGACACAUUUUUCUUAACCCUAGUGUUCAUUCUUUUUUUUUGCCCCAAUUUUGAAUUUUUCUGAUCUACCAUUUGCUUCUUCUUCUCAAUCUCCAGCCAAAGUUACUAGUACUGUAGUCAAUACAGUACCCCAACAAAAAGAAGCGCAAGAACAAGGUGAGGAUUACUGUAGUCUUUGUGUGUGUGUAGUUUGGCAUGGUGGUUUUUGUUGGGUUUUUUAAAUGCGUGUGACGUGGCUUAUUCUAAUUUUUGUUACCAGAAGGAACAGUAAUCCAAAUUGAUAUUUUUGCAUCUAAAAUGCUUUUCAACUACCCGCUGCAAGACCUCAAGAAUCGUUUUUCUCUGCGUCUCUCAAAAUAAUGCAUAGGCGCUGCUUAUUUUCAAAAAGUGGGCGGAGCUUGUUAAGCAGCGCCUAUGCAUUAUUUGAAGAGAGCGCAGAGAAAAAUAAGCAGCGCCCACUUUUUGUAUUGAAGAAAAAUUGGGCGCUGCUUAUUUUUCUCUGCGUCUCUCAAAAUAAUGCAUAGGCGCUGCUAAGCUCCGCCCACUUUUUGAAAAUAAGCAGCGCCUAUGUAUUAUUUUGAGAGAGCACAGAGAAAAAUAAGCAGCGCCCACUCUUUCAAUUUAGGCGCUGCUUGUUUUUCUCUGCGUCUCUCUCAAAUUAAAAUCUAUUUUCAUGCAUUAACUACAGUAUUUUUGGCGCCUAAAAAUACAGUAAUCCAAAAAUUUUGUCUUUUCUAACUAUAUCUAUAGCUGUCUCUCACCCCAUUUUUAAUAUAUUUGUUUUUCCAAAUCAUAAUGUUCCUUUAAUUACAGUACCCCCAACAUCUUCAUCAUCUUCUGAUAUUUUGUCUCGUUUGGCUUCUCAAUCACAUCUACCAUCACUCCAAAAAUUGUUGCAACGAAAAGCGGCGGCGAAUUCGAACCCAAGUCUCGAAACACAAGAAACACCAUCGGGUGGAGAGAUACAGUACCCAUAG